AUGGGUUUCUCUCUAAGUCUCUGUUUCUCCCUUCUGGUUCUUCUCGCCAUCUCUGAUCACGCUUAUGGAUUUGGUGCUGGUAACAUCGCGUCUCUUUCUCGCAUCGAAGGUCAAAACUGGCGCCAUGGUGAUAUUGAGGACACCCUGCUCUCCUUGCUCAUGGCGCGUGUGGCCGGUGGACGCAAAUUCAGCAAGCUCGAUGUGAAACGAGUCUACUUCGGAAACUGGCUCCGUGAUUACAGCCAGGCAGUCGAUGUGGGCACCGUGAAGUACGUCAGUGCAGAGGCUAUUCGAAUUUUGCUCUGGAUCUUGGGCUUCAUGAGCUUUGGAUACGGAACGAAAGAAUUUGAAGUCACCACCGAGCGACUGGGUUGCUAUCAGCCCACGGAACAUAUCGAUAAUCCACUGGGCUAUGCAGAGGGUGAGGAUGCCCGAAACUACGAUCGCCGCCUGAGAGGCCCUAUCGAUGAAGACCGAGAGCUGUCCUUUGACUCACGUACUGGACUUAAAAACUACAUCGCUUCCGAAGAUAUUGGUAUUGAUACCUCAGCCGGAUUGAUUCGCCGUGUUCUUGGUCGUUCAAUCCAGUUGGGUCGUCAAUAUGGCCGAUCCAGAAAUGAUGCUGAUCUGCACGAAGCUCUUCGGCUGCUGGGCACUGGUCUACACUGUUUGGAGGACUACGCGGCUCACUCAAACUACAUAGAGCUUAGUCUCAUCGAGCUUGGAGAGAGAGACGUCUUUCCUCAUGUGGGCUCUAAUACCAAACUUACGCUACGAGGUUCACGAGACCCUGUGUACGGAAUCGUGACGGGCACCUUCGGAGGAGUUGAUUUCUUCCACUCAGUCCUAGGUGAAAUCACUGAUAAAACUACGCAAUCAGAGAUACAGUCCUUGGAAGGUGUUAUCACAGACUCUGAAAACGAGACGCCCUCGGAAAAUUUCCUGCAAAACUUGCUCAACAAGAUCCCAAGUGGCCUGCUCGGUGAUAGUAGUGAUGACGAGGCUAGCAAAAUGGACGACUUCAAGGCAAAGUCAGAUGAUGCAAAGCAAAACAGCAGUCAGAACGUCAGUCCGCGUGAACCUGAAGAAUGGGCUCUCUACCUGGAUAAUAUCCAGAAACAAAUUUACCCCGUUCUCGAGUGGCACGACAAUCUCCUGAAGAAUAUUAACCAGGCUAUUGAAAAGAUACCAGUCUUGCCGGAUCUAAUCGAGCAAAUCCAGAGUUCGAUCACUCUGUUUGUAUUCAGCGUUAUUGCCCCAUAUGUUCUCCCUGUCAUCAAACAGGUGAAGUCUGAGCUGGAGACCGGUUCUUCGGAGGUGAUCCAGAGCAGUCGAGAGCAGCAGCACAUCGUAUUCAAUGACGACUCCGCAUCUAACCCGACCCACUCAAUGCUAUCCAAGGAUCACUUCUCGAACGUGCUGAACGAACCAGCCGGACGUAUUGCUGCCCAUGUUGUUGAAUGGGUAGUUCCCCAAUUGAUGCAGUGCUGGGAUGAUGAAGACUUAGACAUCGACCGUACGCUGAGUCGGAUCAUCAACGGAGUGUUUCACCACCCCGCCCAGCGCCGGUAUGGAGACGAUGGUGCCAGUGAUUGUCGUCAAGCCAUGUUCUCCACGGUUCAGGACUGGUGGAGCAAUAAAAGUGGCGAAGAAUUGCACACUCUUCGCGAGCAGCUGAGCCGUGAUGGUGUGCUUGAGGGUAAAAACCAUAAGCCAGGUGUACAGGACUGUGGGCAUGGAUGUGGAAAGCCGAUCGCCCUGCCCAAGGCACCGGGCAAGACUGGAAAUUACCAGACCAACAACACCUUGAAUUCUGGAAUUGAAAAGAUAACUUCCGAGGCAGUGGGAGGAGGCGCGUUGGGUGGUCUACUUGGCGGUCUUGUCGGUGGAGUGGGAUCGAUGAUGCUAAACAGCGGUGACUCUGAGCAAAAGAACUCCAAGUCGAAGAUCCGAAAGGAUGACUUUAAGUACGAGGGCCGACCACAGCACAAUGAGCACCACGAACGCCGUGAAAAUUACGAACAUCACGAGACGGAGACGUAUGGUCAAACUACGUCUGGAGGCUACCAGUAUGAGAGCGAAACUCGUACAUCCUAUGGUGGCCGCCCAGCUCCUCGUGAGGACUAUCCUCGCCAGGACUUUCCUUCUAGCGAUUACUCGCGCCCAAGUCGCAAUGACUACCCUCCACCCCCUGCUCCCGCGCAGAACUACUACCAAGAGGAGCAUCAGCAAUACCCACAGGGGGGAGGUGAUAGCUUCUAUCAGCGCGAGGAGCGCCAGGUGUACCAAGGUGGCCAGUCAGAUUAUGUGCGAUCUGAAACUCGCUACAACAGCGGUCAGUCAGAUUAUAUGCAAGCUGAAAUCCGCUACGACAGCGGACCACCGCCUCCUGCCUUUAAUACAAUGCAACAGAGGGCCGACGGCUACCAAGGAUUCCAACAGUAA